AUGGCCCUCAUCGUCGACAAACACAGACCGCGGUCGUUAGACGCCCUGACGUAUCACCAGGAACUGUCAGAUAGGCUUAGUUCGCUGGCACAAAGCGGCGAUUUCCCCCAUCUGCUGGUGUACGGUCCCUCGGGCGCGGGCAAGAAGACACGAAUCGUCGCGACACUCAAAGAAUUGUACGGACCCGGUGUAGAGAAGAUCAAGAUCGACGCGCGAGUUUUCCAGACUUCGAGCAACCGCAAGCUCGAGUUCAACAUCGUCGCCUCCAACUACCACCUCGAGAUCACGCCGUCGGACGUCGGAAACUAUGACAGAGUCGUGGUGCAGGAUCUCUUGAAGGAGGUGGCGCAGACGCAGCAGGUGGACCAGUCGGCGAAGCAGAGGUUCAAGGUCGUGGUCAUCAACGAGGCGGACCACUUGACAAGGGACGCACAAGCAGCCCUGCGUCGGACGAUGGAGAAGUACUCUCCCAACCUGCGAUUGAUCCUCCUCGCGAACUCGACAGCCAACAUCAUUGCGCCUAUCCGAUCGAGAACGCUGCUGGUCAGGGUUGCGGCGCCAAGCCAUGAGGAGAUCUGCGAGGUGCUGGCGGUUUCGGCGAAGAAGGAGAACUGGCCCAUGGUCAAGGGCCUGCACAUGAGGAUAGCCGAGGAGAGCGGCAGGAAUCUGCGACGAGCCCUGCUGAUGUAUGAGGCCGUUCACGCUCAGAACGAGAAAGUUACGGACAGCACACCAAUCCCGCCCCCAGACUGGGAGGCGCUGAUCAGCCAGAUCGCGAGGGAGAUCAUCGAGGAGCACACCCCGGCACGGAUUCUCCACGUACGAGCAAAGCUGUACGAUCUCCUCACGCACUGCAUACCGCCGACAACGAUCCUCAAGACCCUUACUUUCAAGCUGAUCCCGUUGAUCGAUGACGCUCUGAAGGCCGACGUGAUCAAGUGGUCGGCAUUUUACGAGCACCGUAUCAAGAUGGGUACCAAGGUCAUCUUCCACCUGGAAGCCUUCGUAGCCAAGUUCAUGAGAAUCAUGGAGAUGUACUUGAUGAGCAUGGAUUUGUAG